UUUCUGGGUACAUCUAUCUUAGCUGCAAAACUUAUUACAGAGCACAAUUUAAAAUCCUUAACCGUACCAAGCCCGUUUCCAGACCCGGCCCAUAGCCUGCAUCCACCAAAACACUUCCCUUCCUGACAUUCAAACAACUCUGGAUAACACAAAAAACAUUACAGAAAACAGAGCAACCAACAUUACAUACCCCCUUCAAUCUACCAAGAGGAUAUGGUUCGCGCCAUUAAUGGCAUCAACUUCUUCUCCUCCUCAGCUCUUUCUCUCUCCUCUUCUUCAAUUCCCCCCAAAACUCAUUCACUCUUCUUCAAUUUCUCUCUCCAAAUCCAACACUUUUGCAACUUCUGCUGCUCAAUUCCUCACUAAUUCACAAAUUUCACCUGUUUUCCAGCAACCCCAUCUCCCAUUUUCUUCUCAAAACACUGAAAUUGAACCUUUUUCAUUGGAAGACGCUCAAAUUCUCUACCGGAAAUGCCUCGAGUUGCUCAAAUUGUCUGCGCGUUACGCCGAUGCCGAGCUCGUUAUAGCUGUUCAUUCAUUGAUUUUGAAGUUGGGAGAGGAUAAUUACUUGCUUAAUUCGUUGAUUACUGCUUAUCUUAAACUGGGUUUGCUUGAUGAUGCUUUUGCUGUGUUUAAAGGGAUGUCGAAUCCUGAUGUUGUUUCUUAUACUGCGAUGAUUUCUGGGUUUGCGAAAUCUGGGUAUGAAUUUGAUGCAAUUGGGUUGUUUAUGAAGAUGAGAAAGAGAGGUAUUGAGCCUAAUGAGUUUACUUUUGUUGCAUUUUUAACUGCUUGUUCUAGAAUUUCUGGGUUGCAAUUGGGGUUUCAGAUUCAUUCAUUGGUGGUUAAAUUAGGGUAUUUGUUUUCUGUUUAUGUUGCAAAUUCUUUGAUGGGGUUGUAUAGUAGGUGUGGUUUUUUGGAUAAUGCACUCCAGGUGUUUGAUGAAAUGCCUCAACGAGAUAUUGCGUCGUGGAAUAUUGUUAUAUCUAGUGUUGUGGAUGAACUGAUGUAUGAUAGGGCUUUUGAAUUGUUUCAUGAAAUGGUGAGAGUAGAUAGGUUUAGGGCUAACCAUAUCACGCUUUCGAGCCUUAUAAGUGCUUGUGCUGGGAGUUGUGCUCGAGUCUUGGGGCGAGAAAUCCAUGGUCAUGCACUUAAGAUGGGGUUUGAUAAUAAUUUGAGUGUUAGUAAUUCACUUAUUGGGUUCUACACGAAAUGUGGCACUGCUAAACAUGUUCAGGCUUUGUUUGAGAGAAUGCCUAUCAAGGAUGUCAUUUCUUGGACAGCUAUGAUUACCGCUUAUAUGGAGUUUGGAAUGAUUGAAUUAGCUUUGGAUAUUUUUAUGAAGAUGCCAGAGAGAAAUUCUGUCACUUUCAAUGCCGUUUUAGCAGGGCUUUGUUCGAAUUCAGAGGGUUUUGGAGCUUUAUCUCUGUUUUGUGAAAUGGUUAACCGUCGUGUUGAAUUAACAGAAAACACACUAACAAGUGUUAUUAGCGCGUGUAGUUUACUUGGAGAAAAGAAAAUUAGUGAACAGAUACAUGGCUUUGUGAUUAAGUUUGGCUGUAAAUCAAAUGCUUGUAUCGAAGCUGCUCUAGUAGAUAUGUGCACAAGGUGUGGGAGGAUGACAGAUGCUCAAAAGAUGUUUCAGCAGAGCAAAUAUGAUCAAAAUCUUUCAAUCAAAUGGACAUCUUUAAUUUCUGGAUAUGCUCGAGAUGCACAGCCGGAAGAAGCAAUGACUUUGUUCAAGUGGGGCCAAUCUGAACAAGCACUGACAGUUGAUGAGGUUGUAGCAACUGCAGUACUUGGUAUCUGUGGAACUCUAGGAUUUAAUGAGAUGGGAGAGCAAAUGCAUUGCCAUGCCCUAAAAUCAGGACAUCUGUAUGAUGUAAGGCUAGGUAAUGCUGUCAUCAGCAUGUACUCAAAGUGUGGUUACAUGGAAGAUGCUUGGAGGGUUUUCAAUCUUUUGCCCAUGCAUGAUGUAGUGUCAUGGAAUUGUUUGAUUGCUGGCCACCUUCUCCUAAGAGAGGGUGAUAAAGUGUUGGCUGUUUGGUCGAGGAUGAAGAGGGAACACAUAAGACCUGACUCUGUUACACUUAUUCUAGUAAUUUCUUCUUACAGGCAUACCAAGUUGAAUAUGCUAGAUGAUUGCCGGAGAUUGUUUUUCUCAUUGACGAGGGAGUAUGAUGUUCAACUUACUUCAGAACAUUAUGCCUCCUUUGUUAGCGUUUUAGGCGAAUGGGGUUUCCUUGAGGAGGCUGAGGAUAUAAUAUCUAAGAUGCCUUUUGAGCCAAAAAGCUCAGUUUGGAGAGCAUUGCUUCAUAGUUGUAAUCUUCAUUCAGACUUGAUUGCUGGAAAGAGAAUAGCAAAACAUAUUCUAGAUAUGCAGCCCGAGGAUCCUUCUACAUAUAUACUCAUAUCAAACUUGCUCUCUGCAUCUGGUAGAUGGCAUUGCUCUGAAUUGGUUAGGGAUGAAAUGAGGAGGAAAGGGAUCAGGAAACAUCCAGCACGUAGUUGGAUUGCUCAUAACAACAAGGUGCAUGCAUUUUUUACCAGAGAUAAGAGUCAUCCUCAAUCAAAAGACAUCUAUAGUGGAUUGGAGAUCCUGAUCUUGGAGUGCUUAAAGUCUGGAUAUGUGCCUGAUACAAACUUUGUUCUUCAUGAAGUGGAGGAGCACCAGAAGAAGGAAUUCUUGUUCUAUCAUAGUGCAAAACUAGCAGUGACAUAUGGCCUUUUGAUGACCACGCCAGGAAGACCUAUUAGAGUUACAAAGAAUGUUCUUUUAUGUGGCGAUUGCCAUAACUUUUUAAAGUAUGUAUCAAGAGUCACUAGAAGAGAGAUAUGUGUUAGAGACACCUCAGGCUUUCACUGUUUUUCUAAUGGCAAGUGCUCAUGUAAAGAUCACUGGUAACUUGUACAUGCACUGAUUGAAUAUGGUCUUGCUUAUCAAACCAUUGGAGGAUCAAAAGUCCAAAGCUCUUGUAUGUGAUAUAUUCAAAAGCUGAGAUGGCUGAAUGUAUAUACAUGUUGAAGGAGAAACUAAAGUAUAGUAGGAGGAUGAAAUUUUGAGGUAUAUAAUACAAAUUUACACAGUACUGCAAAAAACUAUUGCCCUACAUUAUUUUCCAGCUGUACACAUUCUUUUUGCAUUAUUUUCAUCGGAAGAAUUCUCUCUGCAUAUGUGACUAGUUCAGUAGUCUUGCCACCCUCUCCCUGUAUGUGUCUCCUGACUUUCAUAUUGUUGUCACCUCCAUUCAAUAUCUUCACACUUGCUUAAAGAAUUAGCCUUUCAAUAUUUCUUGCUUUAGUGGUGCUUACUUCUUGGUGACUGGUAAUGCAAUGCUGCUAAUCAAAACACAGGCAUCAUAUUGAAUUCCAUGUUUAGAUUCUGAUUUGGAACUUCCUUUUUCUUCUAUCUCCUGUUGAGUUUUCUAAUUUAAGUGUUCCUGCUGCUGAAUUAGGGUUAUGCUUGAUUAGCUUCUAAAAAUCUGCUGUUAGUUUCUUAUC